GGAGCCUGCUUCAGAUUCUGUGUCUCCCUCUCUUUCUGCCCCUUCCCCUCUCACUCUCUGUCUCCCAAAAAUAAAUAAAUGUUAAAAUAUAUAUGUUAAAAUAAAGGAGAGGCUACAGAAUAAAUUAAUGCAAACGUGGAGAAUUGACGUAUUGAUGGCAGAUAUUACUGAAGCACGUUAAAGAAAACAUCCCCCUCUAUCCAGUAAAAAGACUUAGUAUCUGCCAAAAUUAAGGAUGACUCCCAGCCCUGGAAGAUUGCACUUUUUUUUUUUUUUUCCAUCAUGAGGAAACUAAUGUCAAGAUAUCAAUAGACAGGGAUAGGCCAAAAGAAUUUUGCUGUUCUCUUUAUGUGCCUAAGUUGCAACGCCAGUUGAUAGUUGGGUAUUAUUUCUCCAGCUCCUGCCAAGGCAUGGCGAUGGGGGUCUUCAAUUAUCUCCCAUGUCUAGGACCAGAGCUAGCAAAGAGAGAAUGUGUUCUCACCCGUUUUUUGUUUUUGUGUUUUGUUUUGUUUUGUUUUGGUGCUUUCCUCCAGGCGAGAAUUGUGGGCCUCUAGGGAAAUCCUACAAUUUUUUUACCCCAUGAUGGCACAAAAAGAAAGACACUUUCUCUAACAGGAAUCUUAAAAUGCAAAAAGUAAGUCCCAAGAGCGGAGACUUCUCAAAGGGAAUCUGAAAACUUCCCGUGUCUUCGUGAUUUGUAGAAAUAGGCCUCUUAUAAGACCUCCACCCACCACCCACCCAGACUCGUGCUAUCCCCUGAUUAAAAACAGAAGGCACUGGUUGUUAAUUUUUCUGCUUCAGAGAAGGAGAAACCUACUACAGGACUAUGUCAGCUCUGAAGUGUGGAAGAUCUUCCAGAGUCCCCUUCAAUGGAAACAAGCCGUGAAAAGGGUAUUUAAAUACAUUUUAAUUGAAAAAUUGCGUGUUUAUACAAUUAAAGGGUAUGUCUGCAGAGUUAAAAACCUGUAAAGGAUUUUCACUAAAAUGGGAACAAGUGCUCAUUUCCAGGUGGUAAGAGAAUCUUGCCUCUCCUUUAUUAUCACGGGGGGAGAGUGAUUUGUUCUCAUUAUUGCUAGCAUUUCACUGUUAUUUUACCACUCUUGCGAUUGUUGUUAUUUUCGUUUUAGGUAAAUGACUGGCGUGCGGGUGACCCCAGCAGGGGCACAGGCCUCCUGGCUGCUGCGGCGCAGGGGCUUCUGGGGAUUGUAGUCCGCAGACUUUCCUGCGCAUGCGUUAUGGGCUCCGGCGGGCGCCGUGGGCGACCUUGUUUGGGGCGCUGAGGUGAGUCCAGCCCGGACCGCGCCCCGGUCGGAGGCGCUAGGGGUGGAGGGUGUAUAGUCGUGAUCGCGCCCUGUUGCUAGAUGGGAGGAGUUGGAAGCGGGGACUGGUGGCCAAUGAAAGAGACUUCUUGGCGGGGCGGAGUGUUGAGGUGCUCACCCGGCAUUCCUUGGGAAGAGAUGGGCGAGCUUGAGCUGGAUUUGGGGGGACUGACUCCGGUAGUGCCUUUGCAGGUUUUGGAGUUCUGCGUUCUCGGGAUCCCACUCUUUCCAAGAGGAAGACAGUAUGGUUAAGUUCCGGGAGACAGGAUUAAAGACAACAUUUCACAUCUUCAGGGAAAAGGGUUGAGUUAUCUCUCACCAGAAGGGCUCUACCGCUGGCCGAUUUGGAAACAAAGGAUCAGUGAAUUAACUGGGAGUCAGGAAUGUAUCAUGACUGUUCAAGGAAAUUGUCCCCAGUAUUUAGAAGGAGAUGUUUUCCUCUCUGAAGAAUGGGCGGGAGUGUCUCUUCAGAUUUCUGGAAGUGAGAACUAUGUAAUAAAGGCCAUUAAUUUAGAAAAUCAAGAUGGCACAGCAUGGAAAGGCCCGACACAAGUCCUUACACCCGAGUCUUGGAAGGAAGCCCGCAUGACUGAGCGCCAGAAUUCUCAAGGACAAUAUGAGAAAAUUCACGUGGAACAGACACUGUAUGGAUGCGCUCAGGGUGAUGACCACAUCAGUCAGACAUCACGGGGUCAUGGUGAUUCCCGGGAAUGUAAAGAGGAAGAUCCCUGUAGAUACACUGACUGUGGGAAGCACUUGGCGGUGAAGUCAACAGUCCAUAACGUAGUCCCUGUGGUACCACAACCUGUCGAAUGUAAUCACUAUGAGGUGGGACACAUAGAUGUUGCAGACCCUCUUGUCCAUCCCAGCACUCACGUAGGAGAACAGUCUUGUAGAUGGGACCAGUGUGGAAAGGACUUCAGUCAGAGCUUAGAUCUUGCUGUUCAUUAUAAAACUCAUUCAGAGGACAAAGCUUAUGAAUAUCAAAAGUGGGCUGAGGGCUGCAAGCAGAGCGCAGACCCUCCCAGAUACCAGAAGGGCCCCUCGGGAGACAAACCCUAUAAAUGUCCCGAAUGUGGCAAGGUCUUCAGGCGCAACUCCUCUCUUCACAACCAUCACCGAGUCCACACGGGGGAGAUGCCCUACAGAUGUGAUGUGUGUGGGAAGGGGUUCGGAUUUAGGUCCCUUCUUUGUAUUCCUCAGGGAGUGCACACAGGGGAAAAGCCCUACAAAUGUGAGGAGUGUGGGAAGGGCUUUGAUCAGAGCUCCAAUCUUCUUGUCCACCAGAGGGUCCACACUGGCGAGAAGCCCUACAAAUGCAGUGAGUGUGGCAAAUGCUUCAGUUCAAGCUCUGUUCUUCAAGUCCACCGGAGGCUGCACACGGGGGAGAAGCCUUACCGGUGUGGCGAGUGUGGAAAGGGCUUCAGCCAAAGCACACACCUUCACAUUCACCAGAGAGUCCACACAGGGGAGAAGCCCUACACAUGCAACGUGUGCAGAAAGGCUUUUGCCUACUGUUCAGUUCUUCACACUUAUCAGAGAGUUCACACAGGAGAAAAGCCUUAUACAUGUGACGUGUGCGGUAAGGGCUUCAGUUACAGCUCAUAUUUUCACUUACAUCAAAGAGAUCAUACCAGAGAGAAACCGUAUAGAUGUGAUGAGUGUGGUAAGGGCUUCAGUCGGAAUUCAGAUCUUCAAGUGCAUCUCAGAGUCCACACAGGAGAGAGGCCCUAUAAGUGUAAGGAAUGUGGUAAGGGCUUCAGUCGUAACUCAUACCUUCUUGCUCACCAGAGAGUGCAUACGGAUGAGAUACACUAUGUGUAUCGUGAGGAUGGCCAGGGCUUUCGUUACAGCUCGGACCUUCUUACUCAUCAAAGACUGCACAAGAGGACGGAAACAUUCUCAAUGUAGUUAGUCAGGGUUCAGUCAGGAAACCAAGAAAGUCCAUGCACUGAAGGUGAUAGAGGCUUACUCGGCCAUUGGGAGGGCUGGGGCAGCAAAGGGCAAGGACACUGUCACCCAUGAUGUCCUGAGGCCAGGACACUGUCACCCAUGAUGUCCUGAGGUUCAUAAGAGCAUUCCAGAGAACUAGUCUGGAUCUCAACAAUGUCUGCAAGACUCCCAUCAACUGUUGCAUGCUGCAGUGGCAAAGUAAGUGAUAACUGACAGACGGACGGUUUGUGGCAAUGACAAUAAUUAGAGAUCAGAUUUCCAUGAGUGGAUAUGCCCAGGAAGGAAAUUAUAAUUGAGAUGAGUACGCUGAGGCUUUUAGGCCAGCCAAAAUCUGUAGAUUUUUUAAAGAGUGUACCUGCUAGAAAGAUACUCAAAAUGAGUGCUCAGAAAUGAAACCCAUGUUAUUGUUAUUCGUGUGGUGAGAAUAUUAGUCCAUAUUCUCAGGUUUCCAAACCCAUAAGGUUUUCUACACAGAGAGGGGCUCUCUAGAAGUGAUAUUUUAUGGGCAUGGGCUGUGUGUUCACCUUGCUGGCUCCAUUUCUUGGUCACGUAAAGAGACUUCAUUUCCCAGAAACCCUUGCAGUUGAGAGCUCGUCCAUGUGAUACAGUGCCAAGCAACAGAGUACAAGCAAAAGUGAUGUAAGCUACUUCCAGGCCUGACCCUUACAGACAUCUUGUGAUGUCCUCCAGGCAUCUUUCCUAGAAAUGUUUCCUAGAGGCUGUUCCAGGCUGGAUUGGUGGAAGGUGGCUAUCUGAUCUGUUAGGCUUUUUUUUUUUUUAAUAGACAUUUUUCUUUUAUUUAAAAAAAUUUUUAAUGAUUAUUUUUGAGAGAGAGACAGACAGAG